AUGUCGUUCCAACAUUCAGUUGUUUACAAAACACCAGCAUGUGGGAGGGGAGAUAUUAAGAAAUGGCCACUUUCCAAGGAGGUGGAGGAUUUUCUCAGAAAGUGUGAAGUGCAUGAGGAUAAAACACUGGCACAGUUUUGCCAUGGCCACAGUCAGCUGUGCUGCUCGGAUUGUAUUAUAACCAUUCACAGCCAGUGCAGUAAUGUUACUCCGGUUUCUGAGCUGACCAACACACAAACCACAGACCUGAAGGGUCUGUCAGCAGAGCUGAAAACUGUGCUAGGAGAAAUCAAGAGCCUGCAGAACAGCCAGGAGGCCAGUUUUCGAUCAUUGCAGGCAGCAUACAAGGAACAUGCCAAAUUCAUGAUCGAACGAAUGCGUUUUAAUAUAAAUACUACUAUGGAUGAAUGUGGUAAAAGUUCUGUGAGUACGCUUGGUGAAAAUGAGCAAUUUAUCAAGGAAGAAAUUUGUGCGGGUGCACUUUCUAUAUUGAAUGAAUUUGAUGAAAGUACUGUGAAGGAACUGACGGAAAUGAAAGAUGAUGUUAAAAGUAUAACAUGUUCCAUAGCAAGUUCUAUUUAUAAACGCACUGGUCUUCAGAAUGAAUUAACACAAUUGUAUGAAAACAUUCCAAAACUCAAUGAAAAUAAGGAACUCUGCCUAAUAGCCAGCAUAAAAUGUAAGGAAAAAAUAAAGCAGGCAUUUGCAAUGCUGGGAAAGUCAGGCAAGGUGUUUGCUGUCCAGGGAAAGUCUGUGCACAAUGUUAGAAUGCUAAGUGAUUCGCUAAAAUGUAGUAUCAGAGGCAUAUGUGUUCUUGCUGAUGGACAUGUCCUUCUUGUAGACUACAGCAAUAAGAAUGUAAAGCUGCUUAACCUGCAAUACCAGGUGGUGAGUCACUUAGAUGUUGCUCCUUAUAAUGCAGAGGACAUAUGUCAGAUCACACCUAGUAAAGUGGCAAUAGCUGCAAAUAAGGGCAACACAACUGAGGUCCAGUUUAUAACAGUGAACCGCACCAAGAUGCUAAGAGGUAGGAAGCUUCAGUUACAACAUGAAUGUAGAGGUAUAGCCCACUACCAGGGAGACCUGCUCAUCUGCUCUGGUACUGCACUAUACAAGUACGCAUUGAGUGGCAAACUGGUCUGCAGACUCUAUGAGGAUCCAUCUCAUCGUAGUUCAGUAUACAAGUGUUCUGUGAGUCCCACAGGAGAAAAGCUGUUCAUAACUAACCGGAACCAGCACAAGCUCCUCACCCUGGCCAGGGAUGGAACAAUUCUGGCUACCUUCACACAUCCAGAGCUAGGACUUCCACAGGGUGUUCAUGUGACCUCAGAAGGCCAGGUUCUGGUCUGUGGAUGCGUUUCACACACUAUAGUACAGGUGGACAUUGAGGGGAGGAAGAAACUCGCAACUCUGGCUGUAUUGUGGAGGGACGGAGAAAAUUUCCCACAAUCAGUCUGCUACAACACUACCACAUCCUCCAUCAUUGUGGGACCAAAUGAGGAGGACAACAUUCUGGUGUUUAGUGUAAAAUAGUGUGUACAAGUAAAUGAAGACGUAGUCGAUCGAGAUUCGUAAGGGCUGCGAGGCAACCAGUCACCGCAGACAGAACCUAUACAGAACCCAACGGAGAAACAGCAGAGCAGUUACAACGAUGAACAUCACCAAAUCAUGGGGGCCGCCUCGACAACCAAUGACAAGGAAAGCAAAGAGCUAAUGAGGUCGCUACUGCACCAGGACAACACUGAUUAGGACGACAAGAGCAAUGUGAAUUUGUAAAAAACUUUAAGAAACAUAAGUUGGUAUUGUUAAGUGUAUAUCCUCAAAUUUGUCUGAGUUGUACUUCUCACCCAAAUGUCAGCGUCUGCAGUGACAUCUGAGUAAUGCUAUAUUUGGGGUUAUCGUGCAACAUCACACUAUCAACAGGUAUUUGAUUGAAACUUCACACAUGUAUUCAGUGUCAUGUGUGUGUUCACUAUCAAGUUCUAAAACAGUGACAUGCGAGAAGAAUUUUCUCCGUUCGGUACUUGAAAUGCAGGUUUAGGAUUGAGUGCAACAAGUUUUUCUUUAACUACUACAUAUAUGCGAUUGUACCUUCACACAUUUUUGGUGAUCAUCAUCAGCGUUCAGAAUCAACGGGCUUUUCAGGGUUUACACACGGGAUGGACAGAAGAUAAAAACACCGCUAAGAACUUUAUUUUUGAAAAUAUCUCAAGUUAUUGAAAUACAUUUGCGAAAAACACAUUUUACUUGCAGUUUGUGCCAACAUCUUCAGGUAUAAGAAUCAAUCCUUGAAUAAGUCUGGAAUCGGUGACAACAUUUCACGUUGCGUGAAGCAUGACCGUGCAGAACACAUGGACGUUUUGAACAAGAGCACAGGCUUAUUAAAUAAAUAUUCUGAUAUUCAAAUCAGCAGCAUAAAAAUCUGGCUUUUAUGCACUAGUUAAAGUUGUUAAGAGCAAUUGUUCUGAAAAGUUAUUUGAAAAAAAGCAUCACUUACAAGUGGGUUUACAUCCAUUAACGUUUAAUUGAGAACCCAAAAAGGCCACGUGAUCCUGCACCCUGAUCAUGCGUGGUCACAUAUCAAGGCCUUCAAUUCUGCCCUGAAAUUCAUCAUUACUAUGGCUCCUAACUUAUUAGUUUUUAAAAGACUAAUGGAAAUAAUUGCAUACACCAACUCUUAUCUCUGAUUGUCAUAUACAUUAGCACGGGUUCGCAUUUGGGGCCAGUGGGUCAAGGUCAAUUUAUCUGUUGCUAAAAAUAAAAAAUGUGCGUUAACUUAAGUUAUGAUGAAUAUAUUCUGAUACAAUUGUGUAUGCUGGUAUGUUUUAAUGCGAUUCUAGCAAGAGUUAAGAUUUUGUGCAUGUCGGUGUAAGAUCAUUGUUUGCGCUAAAAACCUUAAGAGGUGUUUUUUAUGAGUUUGCACUCAACUUAAACAUACAAAAACUAUUA